AUGACUGCAAUUUUAACCAAUGACACAUCUUUUUUUUCGCGCCUAACAAUGGUUAUAAAAAGUGUUGCCACUGCUUUCACUUUAGCAGUGACUUGUGAUUUUGUUAAGACUGAGAUGUCUGGGCGUGGGAAACAGGGCGGGAAGGCUCGCGCCAAGGCCAAGACUCGGUCUUCUCGCGCCGGCCUCCAGUUCCCCGUGGGCCGUGUGCACCGCCUGCUCCGCAAGGGCAACUAUGCCGAACGGGUCGGGGCCGGCGCGCCGGUGUACCUGGCGGCGGUGCUGGAGUACCUGACGGCCGAGAUCCUGGAGCUGGCGGGCAACGCGGCCCGCGACAACAAGAAGACGCGCAUCAUCCCGCGCCACCUGCAGCUGGCCAUCCGCAACGACGAGGAGCUCAACAAGCUGCUGGGCAAAGUCACGAUCGCGCAGGGCGGCGUCCUGCCCAAUAUCCAGGCAGUGCUGCUGCCCAAGAAGACCGAGAGCCACCACAAGGCCAAAUAAAGGAAGGUUGGAAACGCUGGAAAACAAAGGCUCUUUUCAGAGCCACCUACACUAUCGAAGAAAAAGCUAGUACACAAUCUCUACUGCACUUCUAAAAAUAUCUUACUGUGUUUUAAGUGAAAGUUUUACAUAGUAAAUUAGAUUCCCAUUUAGCAAUUUUUGAGUAGACUCGACGACAACGAUUUUUGUACGAAUUGUUCCGUGACAUAUGACAAUGUGUCAGCAUUCUCAAUACUUCCAUUACUUUUGUUCUGUUUCCAUUGACUCUAGCUUCCCCUUCUUGCCUUCUCAUCUUUGCUUUUGGGUGAAUGUUCACCGUUUGGCCUCAUAGUUGAUCUUUUGCGUUUUAUAUUUUGAUGAAGAUUGUAUAAUAAAGUACUCCUUUCCCCUCAGGAUUGAGUGGAGUAACUCAUCUCAUGUGAUCUGAUCUACUGAAAGGACAAGUACUAGUAGGCCUAGGAGAGUACUGGAUCAACCCAGGGUGAUCUCUGAACCCACCUUGUAAUUCUGGUUUGAUAAAAUCAUUUGUAGUGUUCUCAAGCAGCCAAAGUAAGAGCCAAAGAACUUGGAAGAUAAAAUUGCUGGUGUAAAUUGAUACUGCUUUACUGAGCAAAAGGUAGUCAUAGUCACAGACUUAACACUUGAAGUCAAUGCCUUCUGUACUUUAGAUACACGAAAACUCAAUAAAUUGACAUAGUUAUCAGACUAGAAUUAAAGUGGGUACAGGGAGUCCUGUUUGAUUUGAUCUGGUACUUCAGCUACAUAAGUUGUAGCUCUGGGACAUACUAGGCCCUGGCAGUCUCAGUUGUCUCUUCAGGGUAUCAGAUUG